GCAGCGGGAGCCGCCACCUCCGGGACCACCACAGCCGGGGCGCAGCGGCGCGGGCGGGGGCGAGGGGCGGGCGUGCGGGCGCGGGCGGCUGGGGUCGGGGGAAGACCGCGCCGCAGCCGCCGCUGAAGCGCACUCGCAGCUCCUCCGAGUGCUGCCGCCUCCCUCGCGGUGUCUCGCUCGCUGCGCUCCUAGAAGGGGCGGCCGCCUCCAGGUGACACAGACGGGACUCUCGCUUGCGCUUUCCAGAUGCAUCAGAGAUACUUUUGGACCGACCAGGGCCAAGUGGCGCUCGGCGGACACUACAUGGCGGAGGGCGAAGGGUACUUUGCCAUGGCCGACGACGAGCUGGCCGGCGGCCCUUACAUCCCCCUGGGCGGCGACUUGAGCUGCGGCGACUUCGGCGGCGGCGGCGGCGGCCUGGGCGGGCACUGCUUGGACUACUGCGACAGCCCCACGGCGCACUGCAACGUGCUGACCUGGGAGCAAGUGCAGCGGCUGGACGGCAUCUUGAGCGAGACCAUCCCCAUCCACGGGCGCGGCAACUUCCCCACGCUCGAACUGCAGCCCAGCCUGAUCGUGAAGGUGGUGCGGCGGCGUCUGGCCGAGCGGCGCAUCGGCGUCCGGGACGUGCGCCUCAACGGCUCGGCCGCCAGCCACGUCCUGCACCAGGACAGCGGCCUAGGCUACAAGGACCUGGACCUCAUCUUCUGCGCCGACCUGCGCGGGGAAGAGGAGUUUCAGACUGUGAAGGACGUCGUGCUGGACUGCCUGUUGGACUUCUUACCCGAGGGGGUGAACAAAGAGAAGAUCACGCCACUCACGCUCAAGGAAGCUUAUGUGCAGAAAAUGGUUAAAGUGUGCAAUGACUCUGACCGGUGGAGUCUGAUAUCCCUGUCAAACAACAGUGGCAAAAAUGUGGAACUGAAAUUUGUGGAUUCCCUCCGGAGGCAGUUUGAAUUCAGUGUAGAUUCUUUUCAAAUCAAAUUAGACUCUCUUCUUCUCUUUUAUGAAUGUUCAGAGAACCCGAUGACUGAGACUUUUCACCCCACAAUAAUUGGGGAGAGCGUCUAUGGCGAUUUCCAGGAGGCCUUUGAGCACCUUUGUAACAAGAUCAUUGCCACCCGGAACCCAGAGGAAAUCCGAGGGGGGGGCCUGCUGAAGUACUGCAAUCUCCUGGUCAGGGGCUUCCGGCCGGCCUCCGAGGAGAUCAAGACCCUCCAGAGGUACAUGUGUUCCAGGUUCUUCAUCGACUUCUCAGACAUUGGCGAGCAGCAGAGAAAACUGGAGUCCUAUUUGCAGAACCACUUUGUGGGAUUGGAAGACCGCAAGUAUGACUAUCUCAUGACCCUCCACGGGGUGGUGAAUGAGAGCACCGUGUGCCUGAUGGGCCACGAGAGAAGACAGACGUUAAACCUCAUCACCAUGCUGGCCAUCCGGGUGCUAGCUGACCAAAACGUCAUCCCAAACGUGGCCAACGUCACCUGUUAUUACCAGCCGGCCCCUUACGUAGCAGAUGCCAACUUUAGCAAUUACUACAUCGCACAGGUUCAGCCAGUAUUCACCUGCCAGCAACAGACCUAUUCUACUUGGCUACCCUGCAACUAAGAAUCAUUUAACAACGUCCUGCGGGGAGGCCAUUUCAGAUAAGAUAGGAAAGAGAAAAACAAAAAAAGAAAAAAGAAUGACCCAGCCCUGAUUAGGGAUGUGUUUUGUGCAAUGAUGAUAAGCUCCUGGUUUUAAGCUUGGCAGAGCUUGUGGAUCUUUGAAUAGGUAGGGGAGCAUGAUCUCGAAAGGAUCCCCUUUCCUAGCCCUCCCCUUAUUCUCCUACUCAAUUGGAUUCUAGCCUGGAAAAAGAACUGUCAUUAAAAGCAACCAGUUUCUCCUAAGAUAAUGAGGAAAGUAAAGUUUAAUGACAAUAUGGGUUUGCAGCGUCUGCUCCCAUAGCUUUGCCAUAGUGGGAAAAUGGAAAGUUUCUUUUAAGAAGGAAUUCAUAAAAGGGAAAAAUACAGAAAAAAGGCAUCUCACCCCCACUUAUUUGUCAGUUCAGAAGUUCAGAUAGUAACAGUGCAGGAAGAAGGGCGCUCUGACACUGGGUUACUAUCUGAGGCUCGGAGCAAGAGCUUUCUGGGGAUGACCCCGUUGUGCUGACAGAAACAACUUGUUCCGAGUGAACAGUAGUGGGCUGGUGUGGUUCUCACAACAAACAGCAGAACUUAGGAUAACAUAAUCCAUUAAUUCCAGCUGCGUGCAUAGCUCACAUUUCUAAAAUGUGAAAAUGCAAGCAAAAACAGCUGUAGCAAAGAAAGUACGCUCAAGGACCAAAGAUUUAUCAGAUAAAAAUACCCAAGUAGAAGAAAUUAUAGUAGAAUAUAUAAAGAGUGACUAUAUUUGUUACACACCAAUUUACAUCAAAGUGCCUGUUGCCUUCUGAAAAUUUGAAGUGGCAAAAUUAUUUUAUGGUUUAAUGAUUAUUUUAUCAGGGACUGACUCAAGAAGAAAACAAAACAACACAUAAGCUUGUGAACGGUGGAGAAAAUGCCCUAUUUUUUCUUGGCAAAUACUUGUAUAAAGUCAACAUUGUUGGUGUGUUAUUAUUCUAAGUACAUGUGUAUGUGUGUGUGUAUUAUGUGUGUAUAUACACAUGUGGUAUGUAUGUAUACACACAGUACAUCGCCUAUGAUAAAGAAUAAUAUAUCAAAUAGGAAAUGUUUAAAUACUGUGUGCUUUUAUGUUUUCAGCAGGAUGACGUGAGACCUGGGCAUAUUGCAAUGAUGAAUUAAAAUCUACACCUAAAAAUAUUUAAGCAGCUGAAGGAGGGGAACAAGUAAUAUAUUUGAUAGGAAGAGAAGAAGUUAUACAGUUUGAGUGACUUUUUUCUUUUCUUUUCUUUCUUUCUUUUUUUUUUUUUUUUUGGUGAGCCAUAGAAUUCCACAAAUGGGAGAAUAUUUGUUUGGAAGAGAACUCUUUUUUUACCCUGAACUGCCACUUGGACAGUUUGAACCCAUUUUUUUUUUUUUAAGUAAUCGCAUGCCUCCCUGGAGAUUAAUGUAGUGGGUCAUGGGUCAGUGAUAGGCUGCUUAUACCCCGGACUGCUAAAAUGAAUUUCUGGUGAUCUGAACACUACUUAUUACUAUUUAAAUGAAUCUCUCUUUUAGUGAAUGCAUUCUGCAUUUCUGGACCACUAGAAUUUAGUAAAAUGUGAAAUGAUCCUUUUUAAGGAGUAUUUGCACAAUUGCUUAAAAUUUAUAUAUGAGAUAUAUAUUAUAUAUAACAUUUUAUAAAUUCAUGUCAAUAUGAAACAUCACUGAUCUGGUUGUCAUACUGCAAUUAAAUAUUUAGUACUGUACUUUAAAUCAAAUCACACUGCAUUAAGUCAAAUCCAACUUCAUUUCCUCUCCAAGACACCAGUUGUAUACUUUUGUGAAAUGAACUAUUUCAGUUCAGUGACAGCUAAUCCUAAAACCGCCCCUUCUCCCAGCCAUUACUUCCUCCAGACACUGGUCUCUGCAAAUGCAUUUGUUAAAAACAAAACUAACACAGAUAUAUCUUCCCUUGUGUUGUGAAACCACCACAUCACCCUGCCAAUCCCAGCAGGUGACUGCUCGCUCUGAGAAUUCCUCUGAAGGCUGCUUAGAAGACGUUUCUCAUCAGUUCAAGAGGGAUUGGGGAAGAAAAUAGUAUCCUUCCGUCGGCAGUGUGGUGUUGUUUGUUUGGUUAUGUGGGGAUUGCUCAGAUGCUCAGUGCUGGGUUAACCCGGGUUUGUCUGUCUGCACUGUCUCCAGCUCAUCUUCCUUUGCAGCCUUCCCGGGACCCUGCACAGUCUGCUGGGGCAGCUUCUUUGUGAAUCCCAGAGCUGCAGUGGCCUCCCCCUGCACUGCCACUCGGUUUUCUAGGGAGCUCUUCCUACUCCCCACCUUGGCUCAGUCUCCUUUGUUCCAUCCCUGGAUUUGAAAAAUCAAUAGCAAAUUUUCCAGGAAACAUUAUUGAGUUUGCAGAUGAAGCCUGGCACUCACCUGUCAGAAGCCAGCGCUCCCCCUGCUUAGCUGUUUGGAAGUUUUCUGAAAGGGAACAGAAAACUGAGGGAGCAGCGCUGAGGAACAUGGGAGCAGCUGCUGACCCCAUCUGCGGCUCUCUGCCCUCACCCUGGAUGCAUUUGAGUCCUCUGCUACUUUAAAGGGUCUGGAGGUCUUUGGCUCUGCUGUAGAAACAGCCUGCUGUUAAUUAUGACACCUGUUUUUGUUUGGAGGAGUCUUAUUUGAAAACACACUUUAAAUUUAUUCUCUCAAAUAUUUAUAUUCUUCUCUUGCUUGCUCCGGGGCUGGUGGCUUGGUGGGAAGUGCCGGCGCUGGCCCUUGGUCAGCAGGACGCUGUCAGCGUUGACUUCCAGACUUGCCUAAUUUAUUUCUAUUUUGUAUGUAGGAUAGCCUCGUGCAUAUGUAGUUGAACACACAGUGAAAUAUAUGUCUCUUUUUGUGGAUGUGUGUCCCAAAAGUCUGAAUGUCUGGUGAGAGAGCACCAUGUGUCUAGGUUAGAGAACAGAAGGGCCCCUGAUGCCCAGUUAGCAGCUGUGAUUUGUUUGCGUUUGUGUUGAUCUGGCCUAGUUUGUGUUGUUAACAGGAAGAAAUUUUGUCUUCUGGAGGCUCUUCUCACCUGUCCAGACUGGCAUGUCUGAGAAUGUGUAGCCUGUGACAUUGCCCUUUUCAAAAGUUUACUUCAUGUGCAGUAAAUCCAGCUGCUUCAAGGACUCCUACACCAAGAUGGACUUUGUCCUCCCAGAAAUGGGAUCAGGUGUCUGCUCACUUUGGUACUGGGUGGACUACAUUCAAGUGGCUCCAGAAUUGCAAGGACGGAGGAACACCUGUCGUCCAAGCCAGGGGACGGCGGCGUGAAAGGCAGAGCGAACGUAACCGUCUGACCCCCUUUUCUGUUUGCUCACUGUCGGUUGCUUUGCUGCGCAUAACGUUUUCAGCACAGUGCUUGUUAAAUAAAUAUUGUGAACUAUUUUGUAAAUGAAAUGUAUUAUGUUGAAAGCUGUCAGCAGUUCAAAAAUAAGCUUUUUUGUUAUUGUUGAAGUGUGUAAUAGAUGAAACCAAAAAGCCAAAAAAAGUGAUUUCAUAUAUAGCACCUACUGAGUAUAAUCUCCCUUUAAAUUUCUUUUAGCGUAGCCUUUCCAGUGCUGAGGAUGAAUCUCUCUGUAGUAUUUUGUUAUAACGAUGGCUUCUUAACAAAGUGAAUGGUGAAGUACAAAGUCAGAAGAUGUCAAGGUGACUUGGGAGACUUGCUGCAAAGCCUUGUGGGAUGGAGGAGGUCUGGCCCCUGGUCCUUCCCUCCAACCUCUUUGCAACCAUCGUCUGCUCUGAGGCAACCUGUUGCAGCAAGCUGCACCUUGGUCACUCUGGAAAUACUGACUGUAGACUGUGUCACAGGCAGAAAAGGAGUGGAUGGAAAAUGUACUCUUAAAAACUGACAUGUUUGAAUCAGUGCUAGAGGGACCAGAUUGUGAAUUUUGUUUACAGCAUCCAAUAUUUGGAUUUUUUUUUUUGUAAAUAAAAAGAAGUUAUUUUUUUCUA